AUGAUUAUAUUACGUAAGUGGUUGUUUUGCAACGCACGCGAUCGAGGGUCCAGUUUCUGCAUGAGCUCUAAGACUAACGUUAGCUCCUUUGCUUUUCACAGUUUUAAGCCAGGUAAAUGAUCAGUUUUUCCUUUCAAGGACUUAAGCUUGGAUACCAUCAACAAUUUUGUAAACAGAAAGUGGUGACGUUAUACAGAUUUCUUUUGUCUCAUUCAUUCUGCUCAAUUAUGGGAAAAGAUGGUGAAACCUCCAAGAGAUCGCACGAGGGUCAAGAUGAUGGUGAAACAGGAUCUGUUAAAAAGGUGAAGAAAGAAGAAAAUGAAGCCGAACCCCAAGACCUUCAGGCCAAGGUGGCAAACCUGCGUAAGGCCGCCGGGAGCUCAAUCUUAAACUUCAAGUUCAACAAGAAGAGGGUGAGGAUCUUAUCUGAUACUAUGGACACAGCUGAUGAUCAUCAAGGCAUUGUAUACUGGAUGAGUAGAGAUCAGAGAGUCCAAGAUAACUGGGCUCUGUUGUUUGCUCAACGUCUUGCGAUGAAGCAGGAGGUCCCUCUUCAUGUUUGUUUCUGUCUUGUUCCUAAGUUCCUUGAUGGCACCAUCAGACAUUACAACUUUCUUCUUGAAGGUCUCAAAGAAGUCUCUCAGGAGCUCCACCAGUUGGACAUUCCAUUCCAUCUCCUGACGGGGUAUGCUAAAGAUGUCCUUCCGGGAUUCAUCAAAGGUCAUGGGUUGGGAGCCGUGGUUACAGACUUCUCUCCUCUCAGGACACCCAGGCAAUGGGUCAACGAUGUCAAGGAAGAGCUUCCAAAGAAUAUUGCAUUCUGUCAGGUUGAUGCACACAACGUAGUUCCUUGUUGGGAAGCAUCCGAGAAGCUAGAAUAUGGCGCCCGAACAAUCCGUCCAAAGAUCACCAAACAGUUGACGUCGUACCUCACUGAGUUCCCUCCAGUCGUCUGUCAUCCCUUCAAGGUCAAGACCAAAGCAAAGCCCAUAGACUGGGAAGCAGCCUAUGCUAGCCUUGAUGUAGACCAGACCGUUAAACCAGUAGACUGGGCACAGCCUGGGACAUCGGAGGGUAUGAAGAUGCUGGAUUCUUUCACCAAAGAGAGGUUGCGAUACUUCAGUAGCGCAAGGAAUGAUCCAACCAAGAACGUCUGUAGUAACCUCUCUCCUUGGAUUCAUUUUGGCCAAUUGUCAAGCCAGCGUGCUGCCCUCAUUGUCCGUCUGUACAGAAGUCGCUAUAGUGAGUCCGUUGCUGGCUAUUUGGAGGAGUCGAUCGUCAGGAGGGAACUAUCGGACAAUUUCUGCUUCUACAAUGAGAAUUAUGAUUCUAUAGAAGGAACAAACGAGUGGGCCAAGAAGACGCUGAAGGACCAUGCAAAGGACAAGAGAGAGUACGUAUACAGUAGAGACAUACUGGAAAGGGCUAAGACGCACGAUCAGCUUUGGAACAGUGCACAGGUAAUCCCCCUUUAUUACAAAUAUUGGUCCGGUUUCACAGAGACUAACAGAUGGACAAUUUCUAUAACAGGUUUGCUAUCAGACAAUCAAAUUGAAUGAUUUCAAUAUAAUACAUAGUGUCAUCUAUUGACGCCAAUAUUGAGAAACUUUUACAUGCUGCAUUGUGGGAAAAGGAUGAAAAUAGCUUGGAUUCAAAUCAGGGCCCCAUUUUACUAAGAGUUAUGAUUGAUCAGAUCAAUCGUAACUCUAGAAAUCCAUCAGUGUCAUUAUUUUUUCUGCAAGAAUUUGUUAAGGAGAACACACCAUAUUGUCAAGAAAUCAAUUAAUUUAUGGAUAUACAUUCAUAUCUAGAAUUUUUUUGGAACAAACAUGCAUUUUAUAUGUUGACUUUGCUGGUUUUUCAUAGUUGUGAUUGAUCGGAUCAAUCGCAACUCUUUGUAAGACAGGCCCCAGGAAUGCCAGCAAGGUGAUAAAUUGUUUGCAUUGUCAAGGAAGCAGGCAUUUUCUCAUGUAUAUCAGUGCAUCAGGGUUUGCAGUCAGCCGAUUUUGUUGUUUGAUCGUUGGUGAUUUUAUUUUACCUGACUGGGAAGAAAGCAUGAACGCUUGUAAGCAAGCAACCAGAGGACCGACGGCCUAAGGUCCUCUCCGAAGGACCUGGUGCUGAGGAUUAAUGCCUUACCAAAGGGCAUCAGCGCCAUCAAGUGGGAAUCAAACCCGGGUCGCCGGAAUACGAAUCCCCCGCUCUACCGACUGAGCCCUUGCGCAUCCCUGCAUUAGACACUUCAAUGUACUUGAUGUAUGGUCAAUGUAUAAAAAUAAUAAUGAUGAUAUGCAGCAUUUAUAGCGAGUAAUAGAAUGUUUCUAGGUGCAGCAUUAUCCCAGCUUUAGCAUGGCUACCAAUCAGGUGCUUGAGCAUUUGAGAAUUAUUUUCUUACUUGGUAGUUGGUACCCAUAUAAUACAUCUGGAUGGGGAGUGGUAAAUGUAUAUAAAUGCCUUGCCAAAGGAUACAAGUGCUGUGUUGGAAUUUGAACCCCUGACCUUGUACUUCAAACUUCAAUGUAUGGUACCUCACAUACCAAAAAUUGGCUAGGACUGUUGACUGUUUGCAAGCCAGAUGAUAGAAGGGCCCAUUUUCAAAAGUCUUUGGUAUGACUCAGCCAGGGAUCAAACCCACAAAGCUUAUUUGCAUGAACUGGUAUUAGUGCUAUGUCAGGCAACACCAAAGUGGUUUUUGUCAGUCAGGGUUGGGCUCAAUUACUUUCUUCAAUUACAAUUACAUAAUUGAAGAAAUUUUUAAUUAUAAUUACUUUUCAAUAAAAUUACCCUUAUUUCAAUUACAAUUACUAAUUACUUUUGUUAAUUACAAUUUCAAUUACUUUAGAAAGUCAUAAAUGAAAUCAAUUUGUAUUAUGUAUGUACUAGCCCCACAUCCAUUGAUGCUGAAGCAGUUGACAUUAAUACCUUGGUCACAUUUGCUCUACGGCGGCCGUAUGGCAGAUCGAAAACAACCGUUUUAAAGUGUUUUGUACCAGCUACAUAAUAGUGGGGUUUGAAUAAAAAUGAAUAAAACAGCUGUUUACGACUCGCCGUGCAGCCGCCGUAGAGCAAAUGUGACCAAGUUAUAAAAGUCAUGACAUUUAUAAAUCAUAAAUUAAUUCAGUUUAUUGUUCAGUAAUUGAAUGUAACAAAGAGUAAUUGGCAGUAAUUGAAAUAAAUCACAUUUUUUUAUCAAUUACAAUUACUUUCCCUUUUAAAAUUUCAAAUACAAUUACAAUUGCUCAAAAAUGUAAAUAAUUACGUAAUUGAUCAAUUACCUUGUAAUUGAGCCCAACCUUGAUGUCAGUGGGUUUUGGAUUUAAGCCUUAAUUACUGUUAUCUACACAUGCUCAGAUUGUCUGUAAACUAAUAUACUGGGAUUCUCUUUUGAUAUUGCUGCAAAAGUUAUAUGAAUAUGAAUAUUUUUUAAACAAAAUGAUACUCAAUUGCUUUCUCACUACUGCCUGUACGGCUUAUUAUAAUCACUCGG